AUGCUGCAGACUCCAAAAAGGCCGGGAUCUUUGGAGGUUCCUCAGAAAAAAUCUCCUGCAGCGACUCCAAGAACAGCUCGUAAGCUCAAGACUGCAGAAACAGACCCAGUCUCGUCUCCCAACACAAAAAUCAGGACACCUAAAACACAAAGCCCAAAAGUGGUUGCUGAUCGUCGUUCUCCAAGAACCCCUAUAAAUGAGAUUCAGAAGAAGCGGACAGGAGGAAGAACACCAGAAGUGGCAUCUCAGAUUACUCAGCUGCAAGAAGAGCUAAAGAAGGCAAAAGAACAGCUAACCGCUACAGAAGCAUUAAAGAAGAAAGCUCAAGAUGAGGCAGAAGAGACAAAGCAGCAGUUGAUGGAGAUCAAUACCUCUGAGGAUUCAAGAAUCGACGAGCUUCGCAACCUCUCUCAAGAACGAGACAAAGCGUGGCAAUCCGAGCUCGAAGCAAUGCAGAGACAGCACGCCAUGGACUCAGCUGCUCUAGCUUCUGCAAUGAACGAAGUCCAGAAGCUGAAAGCGCAGCUCUCUGAAUCCGAGUCAGUUGAGAGCUUGAGGAUGGAACUCAACGAGACUCAGUCUCUUGUCGAGGAACUAAGAGGAGAGCUGUUUGAUGCAAAAGAAGGAGAAGCACGAGCGCAUGAGAUCGUUUCAGGGACUGAGAAGCAGUUAGAGAUUGCGAAUCUGACGCUUGAGAUGUUACGUUCUGAUGGGAUGAAGAUGUCUGAAGCUUGUAACUCACUAACAACAGAGCUAGAGCAGUCCAAAUCCGAGGUGAAGUCGUUAGAGCAGCUUGUGAGACAGCUUGAAGAAGAAGAUGAAGCUAGAGAGAACAACAAUGGAGGAGGAGACUCAUCAUCAUCAGUGGAAGAGCUGAAAGAAGAGAUAAAUGCUGCGAGGCAAGAGAUUAGCCAGCUGAAAUCUGCAGUGGAAGUUACUGAGAGAAGGUAUCAUGAAGAGUAUAUACAGAGCACGUUGCAGAUAAGAAGUGCUUAUGAACAAGUGGAGACGGUGAAAUCUGGAUAUGCGCAGAGAGAAGCUGAGUUAGGGGAAGAGGUGAAGAGAAUCACAGCUGAGAGAGACGCUUUGCAUGAGAGAUUGAUGGAUAAAGAAGCUAAGCUGAGGAUACUAGUUGAUGAGAACGAGUUACUGAACUUGAAAAUCAAAGAAGCAGAAGAAGAGAACAGCUUGAACCAGAGAGAGCACGAGGUUAACGGCGAAAUCAAGAAGCUUGAAUCUGAUGUGAUGGAGAUGAGAGCGAAUCUAAUGGAUAAAGAGAUGGAGUUUCAGAGCGUGAUGUCUCAGAACGAGAGUCUCAGGAGCGAGAUGGAGAAGAUGCAGAGCGAGAAGAAUGAACUUAUCGAUGAGGCCUUGGCAAAGCUUGGAAGCAUGACUGAGGAAGCAGAUAAGAGCGGGAAGAGAGCGGAAAACGCAACGGAACAGCUUGGAGCAGCACAAGUCACCAACACGGAGUUAGAAGCUGAGCUGAGGAGACUCAAGGUUCAGUGUGAUCAAUGGAGGAAAGCUGCGGAAGCUGCAGCUACUAUGCUCUCUGGUGGUAACAAUAACAGUAAUGGAAAGUAUGUGGAGAGGACAGGGUCUCUGGAGAGUCCGUUGAGGAGGAAUGUGAACAUGAACAUGUCUCCUUAUAUGGAUGAAACGGAUGAUGAUUUGUCUUCUUCGCCGAAGAAGAAGAAUGGAAGUAUGCUUAAGAAGUUUGGUGUGUUACUGAAGAAAACUCAAAAGUGA